AUGGCAUCACCCCUUAUGAAGUCUAAUAGAAUGAAGAGGACUGAAUCAAAGAAGUCUCACUCUUGGUGGUGGGACAGCCACAUUAGUCCCAAGAAUUCUAAGUGGCUACAAGAGAACCUUGAAGAAAUGGAUCAGCUCGUGAAGAGGAUGCUAAAGCUCAUAGAAGAGGACGCCGAUUCCUUCGCGAAAAAGGCCGAGCUUUACUUUAAAAAACGGCCCGAGCUCAUAACGCUAGUCGAGGACUUCUACCGCAUGUACCGCUCACUCGCCGAGCGGUACGACAAUGUCACGGGCGAGCUCCGGCGGAACGUUCCCUCCGACCUUCGUUCCCAGGGCUCGACAGCAUCUGAUGUCACAGCCGAGCCAUCCCCCGACCGUCGGCCUGCCCGCACCAAGUCGGGCCCACGAGCUGCCGGUUUUGAUGUCUUCCUCGGCAGUGACCGGAGCAGCAAGGAGGGCGAUGAAGAGUCAUCGACUCUCGACUCCGAGUCGGAAUCUGACGAUGACUCAUCCUCCACCAAUAACUACGCUGGCCCACAGGAGGAGCAGCCUGAGGGUGAGCUUCAGGGGAAACUUCCUCGGCUGCAGAAGGAAGAUAGUUAUGGGAGUUCCGAUUUUUCUUCAAAAUUACAGGCUUACGAGGAUGAGCUGAGGCUUUCGAGGGAGAAUAUCCGAAAAUCGGAGGAGGAAGUCGCGCGGCUGACGGCUGAGCUUCAGAAAUAUAAAUCUCUCGAGAAAAACUCGGAAUUUGUCCAAGAAUCGAUGCAAAACGCUGUCUUUGAGGUUCGAGAAGGUUCCAAUGUUCCGGAAUCAGGAGAGGGAAAGUUCCGUGAGCUUGAAGAGGAAGUGUCGAAUUUGAGAAAAGAACUCACGAGCAAGAGCUUAGCCAUGCAGGGCUUGCAGGAGCAGCUGAAAUCGGUCCAAAAAGAGAUUCCCGUCUGGAAAAACAAGCUCGAGAGGGAAAAGCGCGAGGUUACGAAGCUGCAGGAUCGGAUGACGAGGUACAAGAACAACCUGUCCGAACGGGAUCAGGAAAUCAGGGGGCUUCAGGAGGCGAUAUCCAACGCGAACAAGACCCUGUCUGAAGAAAACGAGCGGCUCAAAUCGGAAAUAACUAAAAUCACGAAAGAACGGGCAUAUCUCGAGGAUAAUCUGAAGGAAUUCGAUCUACGGUGCCAGCUGUUGGAGGAGGAUGUGAGACGGGCCAAGGCUGCAAAAGCCGAGACAGAGGCCGUGCUUGGAAUUCAGAUCGAACGAUUGAAGGCCGAGAUUGCCGAGCGGGAUGAGCUCCGUGAAGAAUUAGAGUCGAAAUACGAGAAGCUAAUGGCUGUGAAAAACGAGCUGGAUGCUCGGGUUGGUGAGAUGAGGGAGCACCUGGAUCAUCUGCACUCGCAGCAUGCUGAGCUGAUUGGGGAUGCUGACGUGGCGCGUAGGUCGGCCGAGGAGUUGCGGUCGAGGGUCGAGGAGCUCGAGAGGGAGGUCGGGAGAAAGGAAGAAGCUUUACUUGAAGGGGCUGAAGGAAAACGAGAGGCCAUCAGGCAGCUUUGCUUCUCGCUCGAGCAUUACCGCAUGGAGUAUUGCGAGCUUCGGGAGGCUGUCAUGGCGCACAAGAGAUCGGUUAUGGCAGCCUGA